UGCUCCGGCAGUUGUUGUCUGGUUGUUUGGGCUCCGGGUGUGAGGUGGGUUAGUCCGGCCUGGCGGGGUGAGCUUACCGCCAAGGAGCUGGAGCCGCAGAGUGGCGCUGAGACCCUGGCAGCGAGAUGGACAUCCUGAAGUCAGAGAUUCUGCGGAAGCGGCAGCUAGUGGAGGACAGGAACCUGCUGGUGGAAAAUAAAAAGUACUUUAAGCGGAGUGAACUCACGAAAAAAGAAGAGGAAGCAUAUUUUGAAAGAUGUGGCUACAAGCCUAUAAAUGAGAAGCCUUCUGGAGAGAUACAGCCAAAAGAGGAUGACCAGAAACCACUAACAUCAUCAAAUCCGGUGUUGGAACUUGAACUAGCAGAGGAAAAACUACCCAUGACUCUUUCUAGACAAGAGGUCAUCAGAAGGCUGAGAGAAAGAGGAGAGCCAAUUAGACUGUUUGGAGAGACCGACUAUGAUACUUUCCAGCGUUUAAGAAAAAUAGAGAUUCUUACACCAGAGGUCAACAAGGGCUUAAGGAAUGAUCUGAAAGCAGCUUUAGACAAGAUUGACCAGCAGUACUUGAAUGAAAUUGUGGGUGGUCAGGAAUCUGGAGAGGAGGACACACAGAAUGACCUGAAAGUUCACGAGGAAAAUACCACCAUUGAGGAAUUAGAGGCACUGGGGGAGUCCUUAGGGAAAGGUGACGAUCAUAAGGACAUGGACAUCAUCACCAAGUUCCUGAAGUUUCUUCUUGGUGUUUGGGCUAAAGAAUUGAAUGCCAGAGAGGAUUAUGUGAAACGCAGUGUGCAAGGCAAACUGAACAGUGCUACGCAGAAGCAGACGGAAUCCUACCUCAGGCCGCUUUUCAGAAAGCUACGGAAACGGAACCUUCCUGCUGAUAUUAAAGAAUCAAUAACAGAUAUUAUUAAGUUCAUGUUACAGAGAGAAUAUGUGAAGGCAAAUGAUGCUUACCUUCAGAUGGCUAUUGGAAAUGCUCCCUGGCCCAUUGGUGUCACCAUGGUUGGUAUCCAUGCCAGAACUGGCAGAGAAAAGAUUUUUUCGAAGCAUGUUGCACAUGUUUUAAAUGAUGAAACCCAACGGAAAUACAUUCAGGGGCUGAAGAGGCUAAUGACAAUUUGCCAGAAGCACUUUCCUACAGAUCCAUCGAAGUGUGUGGAAUAUAAUGCACUAUGAGACCUGUGUACGGUGUGUACGUGACAAGGAGCCUCUGCACCCAGCACGUGGCCUUCUGGUCUUAGCACAGCAGUGAAGGAAGAGCUCCACAGCAGACUCCCACCUGAUGCAGUUGGUGUUGGUUUCCACAUGGCAUUGGACUGCUGACUAAUUUUUGUGUCUUGCUUUCAUUUUAAUCAGUUGAAAAAUUAAGUCCUAAAGAUAAUAUCCAUAGUUAAAUGUGUAGACAACAACCACCACCACAAGAAGGGGGUUUGAAAUGACACUUCUCCUCAAGACCCAAAAUGUGUCAUUGGAUAAUUAAAAACAUUUGAGGAUGGGUUUAAAUUUUGUAAAGUGAUUCGCACAUUUUUCUAUGUGGUAUUUAUAGAAAAUAUUUUUGUAUUUAAACAAAAGUGUGGGACCAUUGAAUGUUCCUUUACAGUUCUUAAAUGAUUGUGGACUUUUGCCAUCUUGCAGUAGAAUGUAAAUGUUACUGUUAAGUGUUAUUUUCUGUUUCAGACUUGUUUUUUGUUUCUAAGCAGAGUACAUUUGUCACCUUUCUGGACAGAGAGAAUUAAUAAGAGAUAAAAGGUUGAAAAGCAAAGAUGGUAUAUUGUACCAGCAUAAUUUCAAAACACCAGCACAUCAAGGAUACGGUGAAAAGUGGGUCUUUGAGCCGGCUGAGAGCAGCAGCCUCAUGACCAGGAUGCAGAGUUGUGAAGUUGCUGGCUUCAUUAUGCUACCCUCAGUCCUCACUCUGGUCUUACCAAAUGAAAACUUGCUCUAGGUCUUACAGAAUGGAGCUUUGAUCAUGUGACCACGCACUGCUGCAGUGCUGAGAAGAUGGAGCUAAGACUGUAUUGUGGGAGAUGGAUGUUACCUGGCAAGUUGGAUGUGGUGUCAGAGAAAGUAAGACAUGGGCAAAUCAGGACUGACACUUCUCAGCUCCAUGUUCUACCAAAACAGCUUUGGGCAAGUGGUUCCAUCUUGCUGGGCUCUGGCUUUCUUGUCUGAGAGUGAUGAUAAGAGUAUAUACCUCACGAUGUUAUUGUGUAAGUAAGAUGCCGAGCCCCCUGCCUGGCAGAUGACAAGAGGUCAUUAUUAUUGCUUGACAUGUAUUCUUAUUACAUUGGUAGACCAAGGACAUUUAUAGGACCCUGUGGCUACAAUAGGAGAGUAUGUAUUGUAUAACAAUAACAAUUGUGUUAGCAGCAAUAGCAGUAAAUGAUAAAAUCAUUGUUAA